AGUGAAUUGCUGAAGCAUUCUCAGUGCCCAUUUGAGCAGAGGUUCAAAGCCAUUUAUGACAACUGUGACACCCCAUCCACUUGCAUGCUGCUACUGGAUUGUGAGCUCCCAGACAGGGGACCCCACUGGUGACUGAAGGAGGAACUGCAGCUCCACGGCAACUCUCGCAUCACUUAAAUCACAGAGCCAUGGUGUCCCGUCUGGUCAUUACUAGAAAGCCCUGCACUGAGUGAGUGACCAGCAUUUCCUGGAAAGAGAAGGGCAAUGUCUCUGUCUGCAGUGGCUCCUGUUCCCUGACCCACCCUGGACAGAGGCCACGAGGGCUGACAUGGACCAGCGAGAGCUGCCUCCUCCUGUUCCCACAGAAAAUGAAGUGAAAUGUGAUAACAAUAACAACCAAGAGGAGGAGGGAGAACAGUUCGACUUUGACAGUGGAGAUGAAGUUCCCGAAGCCGAUCGACAAGCCCCGUCCACCCCCGGGGUGAGAGGUGCUGAGGCAGGUGAAACCCCCGAAGCAGGGAGAGCUGUGUCUCCUGCAGGAGGUAGAAAUGGGGCCACCAUGGCAGAACCUGCCAAACCCAUCACUACAAAAGUGAACCCAUAUUCUGUCAUCGACAUCACACCGUUCCAGGAGGACCAGCCCCCGAGCCCUGAUCCAAAUGUGGAGGAAGAUGUGGUGGGGCUGCAUGUGCCCAGCGGCUACUCGGUGCCUGUGCCCUGUGGCUACGCUGUUCCUUCCAACCUGCCGCUGCUGGUGCCCCCGGCCUACUCCAGCCCUGUCAUCAUCCGUGCUGAGUCUGUGGAGGAGGAAGCAGAAACACCGGAAAUCAUGGGAGACUGCCCACUCAGUUCUCUGAGCUCUGAGGACCCUCCACCCAGCGGUGAUCUUGGCAGCCAGGAGGGCAGCGCCCUGGCCCGCUGGGCGGCCGACCCUGCCAACACUGCAUGGAUGGAGAAUCCAGAGGAAGCGAUUUACGACGAUGUCCCAAGGGAAAACUCAGACUCUGAACCAGGUUUGAUCUUGUCUGGGACCGAACUUAGGAAAUGUGGCUUAGUCUUUCGUGUGGGUGCAGAGUGACCAGUGUGGUGUGCUCCUUGGGUUCACGCCGUGGUGUGGUUGAGGGUUGGGGUGUGUGUGUACUCGUGUCCAUGUGCACACGGGUGUGUGUUACA